AUGGGUGUCAAGGGUGGUGGUGUCGUGUGGUGUCUCCUCGUCGCCGGGCUCCUUCUCCUGGCCGUGGCCUCCGCGGCGGAGCGGGACACGGAGGAGGAGAUCCGGUGGUGCAAGGAGGACUGCGAAUGGAAGGCGGGGGAGGACACCGGGAAGGCCAGGGAGUGCAAGGAGCACUGCGAGCGCCGCCGCCGCCACGGCCACGAGCCGCAGGACGAAGACGGCGGCAUCCCUGACCGCUGCAAGAGGGAGUGCGAGAGCCAUGAGGACAUGGAUAGCAAGCUGCGGUGCACGCUGGAAUGCUGGCGACAGCAAAAGCGGGAGGGCGAUGACGGCUUCGACGAGGGCCGCAACACCGACGGCAGGUGCGAGAGGAUGUGCCGGCACUACCACGACCGGCGGGAGAAGAAGCAGUGCAUGAAAGGCUGCAGAUAUGGGGAGUCCGACCUCCUCGGCUCCGACGACGACGGCCACGAACACGGAGACCGCUGUCAAACACAGUGUAAGCGCUUCCGGCCCGGGUCAUACGACAGGCAGCAGUGCGUCGAGAAGUGCCAGUGCCAGCAGAAGGAGGACGUGGAGGCGAUGAACCACCACGGUGGCGGCGGCCAUGGCCACGGAGACCGCUGCCAAACGCGGUGCAAGCGCUUCCCGCGCGGGUCGUACGACAGAUGGCAGUGCACUGAGAGGUGCCAGAGCCAUCAGCAGGACGACGAGGAGGUGAUGAACCACCACGGCGGCGGCGGCCACGGCCACGGCGGCAGCAGCUGCGAGCAGAAAUGCCAGCAGCGAUACCGCCACGAGUACGAGAAGGAGCAGUGCGUGCGAGACUGCAAAAGCGGCGGUGGCGGCGGCCCCGGCGGGCGUGGCCGCGAGGGCGACGAGCGCCGGCACGACACGGCGAUGGUGGUCGAAGCCAUCCUCGAGGAGGUGUAA